CACGCGGUAAGGGUCACAUUGCACAUACACCAACGUUCCCGGUUAUUUAUAACCGUAGAUAAAUACUACCUCGCGGUCGGCAACAGUUUUUGUGAUUUUAUUGAGGUUUUUUUUUGUUUCAAAAAUUAAAUAGUAAAAAAAAAGACGCUAGCUCGCCAACGAAUCCAGCCAAAAGGAACGAAAAAGGAAGCAUUGUCCACCAGCAACCAUAAAAAAAAAUCAUCAACUAAAUCAGGAAAAAAAAAAAAAGAAACAGAAAAUAAGGAGCGAGACAUCGAGGGAUGUCGUACUACUUUCGCGAGCGUCCGCGUUUCGGCGAGCGAUUUCGUGGAAAAUCCGGGGACGAGCUGCUUCAAGAAUUCAAGCAGCAGCUUGACGAGGAUCGCCCGUUUUUCGAGACCCCAACGACGACGGGGACGACGACCGCCGGUACCAAUGGAACCUCAAGGCCGGCGAGGGAUCCCUUCGAGCGUCACACUUCGUUCCCGAGGGGCUUUCCGUUCGACGACGAAGGUUUCGGCCGCCGAGGUGACAUCCGCUCCCACCUGGACAACCUAGCCGCCCGCCACCCGGAGUUUGCCGACCACCUUCUGGGCCCACCCUGGGCCGACGUGCCCUUCGGAGGCGGCGGCUCCCUCCACCGCAACCGCAACCGGCGCGCGUCCGCCGCCAACAACCACCAGCAACCCGACGAGGACGCGCGCUCUCACACGAGCGGGGGCAGCGGAGCUAGUUCCCACGGCAGCGAGCCCGAGAACGUUGCCGAACACAAGCCCAAAAAUCCCCCGGGGCUGCGUACCAACCAUACCCUCGACAUCGGCCAGCACCAGCACAACAUGGAAAAUCCCCAGCAGCAACAGCGCAACGUGAGAUCGAUGUCCGCGCCCCCGGAGAACCGCAACAACCAAAACGAGCACCCGAGAUUCGUCUCGAGGGUCGACAUCACGCCACAGGGUUCACCGCAGCAGCAGCAGCAGCAGGCGAACCAUCAGUCGCCGCAGCAGUCGCCCCAGCCGCAGAACCGCGAAAAAUCGCCGGCGCCUCAGCAGCAGAAGCCUCAGGCGCAGCAGUCACAGCCGAGUCACGGUACAGUGAGGCACAUACCGAUUUUCGUGGAAGGCCGGGACGAGCCGGUGAUCACCAGGAACAAGGAUCGCCGAGUCCCAGAGGCCCCGGCGCCGGUCGCCGACGAGCCGGACUUUCCGCGGCGCCAACAGUCGCCGCCCCACUUCCAGAGGCCCUCGCACUUCACCAAGCAAGUGCCUUCCAGCUGGACGCACUUCCAGGAUCCCUUCUUCGAGCACUCGAGCAGCCCGUGGCCACCGAGACACCCGGCCCGGGACUCGCCCUUCGGCUCGUUCAGGCACACCGACAAGCAGCCCAGACACACGCAACAGUUCCAAGAGCCCCAGCACCAAACGAGGCGACAGGCACCACAACAACAUCAACAGCAGCAUCACACGCCAGCACAGAGCGAGCCACAGUCCGAGCCGCAACCUCCCAAGCCCAAGACACAGAUUCAGCCGAAAGACCCACUUGAGAAGGUUGCGUUGGUGCAACAGGAGGUGGACGCGCUGACUGAACAAGUUAGGCUUUACACGGGCAACUCGCGAACGGACAAGCAGUACAUGUAUCUGGACGAGAUGUUGACGCGCGAGUUGAUAAAGCUCGACGACAUUGAGACCGAGGGCAAGGAGAACGUGAGGCAGGCGCGGAAACAGGCCAUUAAGAGCAUACAGGAGUCGAUUAGUUUGCUCGAGUCGAAGGCCCCGUUGCCAGGACAGCAGCAAGAGUCUCAGGUCGUGGGGAAUGCCGUUGACGAGCCCAUGGAGAGCGAUCCGAGCCAAGAUGGCAAACCUGCCGAGUCCAUGGACACUUCUGAGCCGCCAGCGACAGAGGAACAAAAAGCGAUUCCGCUGCCAGCGCCUACCUCACCGACCAAGGCUACAGCGCCGGAAGAAGCGAAACCUCCCGAGGAGCCAGCCUCCAAAAUAACCGAGCAAAAGCCAGAACUAGAACAGCCAGUGGAAAGCAAUACUCAAACUAAUGAAGCUCCAAGCGCGCCAGUUCAACCUGAACCGGCUGCUACGGUACCUGCAGAAGCUAGCCCUCAGGAACCGCCUCAGAAGGUAGAAGAAGUCAAGACCAGCGAAGAGCCUAUGGAGAGCAACAGUGUUCCUUGCUCUCAGGCAGAGCAGCAACAACCGGACGUAGAGAUGAGGCAGCCUUCGCCUGCAAAAGAAGUGCAGACUAGCGUGGAACCUGAAAAGGCUAGCGAGGCUCCGGCAGUGCCUGUCCAGGAGGAGGAAAAGGUCGCCGAAUCUGAGGAACAAAAAAAUCAUCCAAAGUCAAAGACCGACGUUACCACAACUACCGUUUCUACCACUGAGAAGCCUAAGAAGGAGCCGCCACCGGUGCCUGCCAAGGCAGGAAAGUCACCUAAGAAAGCAAAGAAGACCCCGAAGAAACAGCCACAGCCCGAGCCUGUUUCCCAGACUGCAAUACCCAUGCCAGCUCCUGGACAGUAAGGUUCAAGAGAACAAAGACUAGCCCUUAGACGUUUUUUGUUGAUUCGUAAUCGUACCGAGGACUGAGAAAAUCGGGAAGCUUUGCUGUUAUCAAUAUUUUUUGUUUGUUUAAUACCCAUCGACACUGCAUGAUCAUCAUCAGUCCAACCAUUAGGUUUUUUUUUCACCUUGUGAACUGAAUAAAUACGCACGGGAUUGAGUAAAAAAAGCUGCGCUAGUCGUGGUUUAAAGUGCCGAUGGAGUCGAAAAGCCUCUCGAGAUUGAAAUAAAAAAAAAAGAUAAUAAAAACAAUAUAUGGACUGUGAAUGAGUGAGUCUAUUAAAAAAAAAAAUUUGCUUCCUUUGCAUUAUGUACGUAGGUGCCAUGAGAUAAUUUUUGUUUCGUUCUAUUUCUUGGUGCGAAGAUAGGCACGGUCUUACGGUUCAAAGGAAGCUUUUGUAGAUACUUUUAAUAAGAAAAGAGAAGAAAAAACUAAGUGGACUUUGUAGACCUGUAGAGAUUGGUUGUUCUUUUUUUUAUAAAUAAAUAUUUAUACAAAUAUACAUGUAUGUAAUUGUGAACGUCUGAGAGACGCAAGCCUCGAAGAGAAGAAACAUCGAACCAUAAAUUCGUAUCUCCGUAUAAGCGCUGUUUGGCUUGCAUAAACUUAAAAUCUUGAAGCACCAUGUUUUUCCGUUUCUUUUGUCUUAUCUUUUUUUCAAAUUUCUGUAGGAGAAAGCGUUAGAUAGCGCUGUACUCAAGCGAGAAAUAUAGAUUACGACUGUCUUCUCAGCGAAAUUGUAGCCUCGAAUGUUUGAUUUUCUGUAUUUCUUUUAAAAGUGAGCGAAAAAUGAUUUUCACAUAACAAGAAUCCUUUAUUUUAAUUUAUUUCAUCCGUUCGAAAUAUACUUUGGCGAUGCGGUUGCUUCGAGAGUGUGUUGAGAAGUUGAACGCAUUUUAGCACAUUAUUUAAAAAAAUUUGUCAUUACGUGACCUUAGGCUAUGUGUUCGAGGAAAUAUUUAGGAUCUAAGCAUUAAGUAUUUGAUGAAGAGAUAAAAAUUGAAAGCGAAUAAAAACACUUGUAUUUAAAAA